AUCCGGAUUGACUUUAUGCUACUCAUUAAGAUUCUUGGCAGUGAUGUUUUUUCAUGCAGCUGGGAAGGCUUAUCGUCAAGAUGGGAGAGUAGACUUUUGUUUUGUUCAAUGCCUCAAAAACUCAAUUUCAACAUUUAUCAGUUGACGCAACCUUCCAAAUAACUAUUCCCUCUUCUAUGACACUCAACUGCCUCCCUCUUCUACUACACAACAUCCUCGGUCUGCCCUUACUUAUGAUUUACACUGAAAAUUUCACAUUUCAUCUCUAAGACAGCUUCAAUGAAAUUAGGCGUUCUGAGUCGUCUCCGCCAGAGAGAGAGAGAGAGAGAGAUGGUAUUCCCAACCAUGAUAUCCUCUUUCAUUUCUAAAAGGCAACAGACGUGUGGUGUACUCACAGCCUUGCCAGUUAAGCAUCAUCCACUCCCCGGCCAGACGUUCACUGCUCCUUGCCGAAGCAUCUGUCGAUACACAAGGUCUCCCUCCGCAUUAGCGUGACAUUCUUUGCACUUCAUGGCGGUCCUUCUGUUCCUCGCCGCAGUCACCUAUGCGGCUCAUGGCAGCAGCACUCCUGGGAACGAGUGCAGUCGUCCCCUCCUCCAUGAUGGCCACUUCCUGCUAUCUAGCCUCCUAAAGAUGGCAGGCUACAGUGACGUGUGUGUGGCUGCCGCUCUGGACUCCUGCUCCUCGCCGCAGGAGAACGGUCCUUUUGCGUCCAUCAUGGAGGAGGCGAGGGCAAUGGUGCAGGAGGUGAAACAUGCGGUCAACACAUGGAAGUCUCCGCCGCGCCACUGCAAGGACAUAAUGGACUCUGGAGACAACGUGAGCGGCGUGCGCCAGAUAUACCCUUUCCCUGACCGACCCUACUUUCGCGUGAAUGCCUACUGUGAGCAGACCAUAGACGGGGGAGGGUGGACCGUGGUGCAGCGAAGAAGCAACGACUCCACCCGUCAGAGAUUCUACAGGACAUUGAAUGAGUACAAAUUGGGUUUCGGUGAUAAGGAGGGUGAAUUCUGGUUUGGUCUCGUGCCUAUAUACGAACUGACCAGGACGACGCUGCACGAGUUACGAAUUGACUUGGAAGAUUAUGAUGGAGCACGGGGCUUUGCUAAGUAUGGCUACUUCCGCCUGAUAAGUCAUUCUUCCUACAACCUCGUUGCUGAAAGGUACACCGGAAACGUAGGCGAUGCACUAAUCGAACACAACGGUCAACCUUUCUCCACCUAUGAUGUUGAUCGAGACAGGAGCGCGAUAAACUGCGCCGAGGUCUCUUACGGGGGCUGGUGGUAUCACGACUGCUACGACUCCAAUCUGAACGGCCUCCAGCAUAACUCUGCCUCUACAUCCGUCGAUGGGAUCAGAUGGAACACCUGGGACGGCCGCGACUCCCUCAGGCGAACCACCAUGAUGAUCCGCCCUGCCUUCUGAGCCAUUCUGGAGAUACUCUGGACAAUAUUCAAAUAACAUUAGUGUUUUUCAUCACUGUUUAUCCCUACAAUGUGUACAUCAAGAUUUGAAAAAAAUAAUAGAAAUAAUAAUAACACUAAUGAUGAUAAUAAUAAUAAUACCUAAUAAUAUUAAUGAUGAUGAUAAUAAUAAUAAUGAUAAUAAUAAUGAUAAUAAUAAUAAUAAUAAUAAUAAUAAUAAUAAUAAUAAUAGUAAUAAUAAUAAUUGUAACAAUAAUAGAAUGUCUUGUAACUUCUUUAAGACAUUUUUACUAGUGUUUUCAUUAAACCAAUCUUAUCUUUAAUUGUACCAAUUGCCAUAACAGAAAGUGAUGACAAUGAACAAUGUUGUGAACAAUGGUGCGUACAUGGAAACAAGGCGUUAUAGUUGAGAGCAUCUCUUUGCUGGAUUACCUCUUACUCCAGCCCUUCUCUCUGCGUACUUGUGUUGUCGCUCCUUUUAAACAAAAUAUGAUGAUAAAAAAAAGAAUACAUUUUGGUGAGAGGAAGUGACCGGGAUUCACUGCACGCCCUCACCUGGCUCUCGGGAAGGACACGGUCACUAUUUGUAAUACUUGCAUGGUGUGCUUCGCCGUGUAACAACUGCAGCAGUAUAAAGUAAAGACGUUUGUUACCAUAUCUUUUAACGUCUGCUACCAAGUAUGCUCAUGGAUUUCAUGCCCUCCACUCUUGAUAAAAAAGGUAUUAGUAAAUGAUAAAACUCGGAUACCUUGUGAAUCUUCAUCUUCAUCUGAGGCCUUUCUAGCAACAGGUGUCGCGUGAAGAGCCUCCGCCAGCGACGCAGCCACGGUGAGAAAGGCACCAAUCGUAAGGUCUUCAUUGUGAGUGCAGUCCAUGUUUCACUGGAGAUAAACGGUGCGCGGCGGCGUUCAUCACCUCGGAUCGGUUUUCAUGGCGUUAUCGUUGUAUAAAACAGAAUAGAGUGAGCCAUGCUGCAGUGUUGGGCGUAUUAUUGAUAUGUGAUUAGCCAUUCUGUUUCCUCAAGAUUUUACUCAUCAUUGAUUAUUGUCAAAAGGAAAGCAGUGUGCCUCAUUUCUCCGUGCCGAACAAGGAAGCUUCAUUUGAGCCGAGUCCGCGAAUCCGGCCUGCAGUGCUCGCUACUCACUACUCACUGCUCAGUGUCAGAGAAUCGGUGGCCGGUGAUGGCGUGGCGUUGUACCCAGUGAGGCUCCGCGUGGUUGUCCGCGUGAGUCUGUCUCGUCCUUGGCUGUUGUGGCGUGAAAGGUGGACACGUGGGCGCAGCAGGAGGACAGCCAAGCCUGCGUGAAGGUUGAGAUUGUGCUUCACUUUGGCCUCACCUGGCGCCAGACACACGCAGGUGAGUACACAUUACCUGUUAGGGCUGUUGUAAUAAUAAUAAUAAUAAUAAUAAUAAUAAUAAUAAUAAUAAUAAUAAUAACAACAACAAUAGGAAUAAUAAUGAAUGAAAAUAGUCACUACUGCACCACAAAUCAUAGACAAAGUUGUAAUAAUAAUAAUAAUAAUAAUAAUAAUAAUAAUAAUAAUAAUAGUAAUAAUAAUAGUAACAACAAAGCAACUGAAUGGUACUAAACAUGACCAUUUCUUCUCUGUUCUAUUGCAUCACUUACUGUUACGUGUAGUGAGUGAAUGAGACCGUGUUAAGGCCACUUGAACUUAUAUUGAUGAGUGGAAAAGAACCAGCUAACACUCUCCCUACCAAGACAAGUAUAUUUAUUCAUGGACUUAAUGCUACCACUGCUACGGUUCCAGCUCCAAAAAUAUUACCUACCAAACACCACGUUAUUACUGUACACGCUUUACUCUACGUUGGGUAUAACUUAAUGGCUGAACAUAAGGAAAAUUGAAAAAAAAGGAAAAUAGUUAUAGAUUUAAUGAAACCGAAAAAUAAUAGCACUUAUGUUUAGUUAUAUACAUUUUUUUCUUCCUUCAUUCUUACGAUACAGGGAGAGAAAAGGGAAGGGAAGUGGGAAGGUAAAGCAGGAAGAGGUGUUAAAAUCAAUAUAGGUAAGAAUUAAAAGGAAGGGGAAAAAUUCUGUAAAAGUAAUGAACGGUAUGAAAAAAAUGAAUGAAAAAUAGAGAACACAUUACGAUCCAGGGAGAGAAAAGGAAGGAAAGUGGCAAAGUAAAGUAGAAAUAGGUGUUUGAAAAUAAUCUAGGUAAAAAUUUAAAAGGAAGGGAGAAAAAUUUGUAAUAGUAACAAAAGGUAUGAAAAAAAAUAUUAAAGAAAAUAGAGAACAUUUUCUUACUAUACAGGAAGA